CCCCCCUUCCCUUGGUCCUUUCCUGGAGAUCUUUUUUGGUGCUGGGGAGGUGGAGGCGCCUACGCAGGGGAGGCUUUUUGGAGUGUGCGCGUGCGUGCAGGUGCUUAAAGGCGGCGGCGGCGGCGAGAUGAGAAACGUUCGGUUACAUAAAAUGAACUGAUUUUAGAACCCAAACCCUUGCCACCUGUGCACACUUUUUGGGGGGGGGAAUACAGUAUUUGCAGUUUGGGAAAUACUUGCAACUGAGUUAAGCAGGGGUAGUAAGGUCAAGGUGUGUGGGUUGCUUAAAAGCGAACAUAUAAAGACUUUCACGCAGCAAAAAUUGGUGCCAGAACUCCCCAUUUCUAUUGAAUGGGGCUUGUCACAGAGUAGUGUCGGGUGACUGCGCAUUGGCCCCCUGUCCGUUAUGCAGAAGGGUGCUCUAGUGAAUUGUGAUGUCUCCACUGCCAUCUGUAUGAAGCUGUUGGGUUCCAGUAGGGACCCCAUUUGUACCAUGGCGUUAAGCUGAUGGUACUCCUUUUCUCUGUUACACCAGAAUCAAGUGUGACUGUGCAAGCCCUGGGUGAGUAUUUGGUAUGCACAAGAAGUGGGGGUGAAUCCUGUUAAGACCAAGGCCCUGUAAGCAACUAGCUCUGUGUGUGGAUUUUGGGAGUUUGCUUUUUCUGGACCAGGGUUCUACUCCCUUUGCUGGAACUGGAAUGUCAUAUGGGGGUGCUCCUUGAUCAUUCUUUGUUUCUGGGGGUACAAGUGACCUCAGUGGCUAAGGGUUACUUCUGCCACCUUGUACUCUUGCACUAGCUGUGACUAUUCUUGGACCAGUGCAGCCAAGCUACAGUGAUCCAUGCAUUGGUAAGCUCAAGACUGCAUUAGGGUAGUUUGGUCCAUGUGGGACUGGGCCUUAAGGCUGGUUUGGAAGCUGCAGCAUGUAUGGUAACAUCCGUGUUGAGGGAAUUGUGCUGCUGAGCAAAGUUGAAGGUUUCAUUAUACCUACAUAUUCCUAAACUUAAGAAAAGGUUAUUUGAGAGAAUGCCUUCUCCCAUAUAGAUGUGUCUGUUCACUAAGAUCUUCAGAGAAGGCCCUAUCACUUAUGCUGUGGCCCACAGAGACUUAUCUCAUGCUAAGCUGGAAGAGGGCCUUCUCCUUUUUGGCCUCCAGCCUGUGAGAUGCACCUGCUGUGGUGAGCGUUCAUCUGCUGUUAAAAACACAGCUACCUUAUUUGAGGCUUCCCUGGCCUCUGAUACCAUGAUUUGAAUGGUUCCUGGUUCCUGUGUUUGUGUUAUGCUGCUUUUAGCGGACUAUUGUACUGUAUAUAGAAUUGCUUUGUUACAUUGAAUUAUUUUGUUGCACUCCAUCUUGAUAUUUUAAAGAGGUGGUAUGUACGUAACUAUUUUAAUUUAAACUUUCAAAGUUUCUGGAGCCCUUGGGGAGUUUGAGUCUGGUAAUUCUAAAUGUAUGCUUUGCUAGUUUGCAUAAAUCAUCUCACAGAAACUGCUUUAUCCUGCUUUUAUCAGGAUUCUUACACCAUGCUUCUGUGGUAAAUGUAAUCCCACAAAUACUUGAGGCUACUGCAUAAGGCUUUGUGGCCCAUCACAAGAUUGUCACUAGGGCUUUGUGGUUUACGUAUUUGAGCUGGAAAAAAGGGGGAGUUAUAUAGUUCUGUAAAGGAGAAAGAGUAGGAAGUAUGGGGUGUGGUAGGGGCUCAGUAAAACCAGAGGGGUGUGAUAGCACUUGUUUAAGGAGAAAUCAUUACUUAUUGUGUUUUGGUUCAUGCAUGUCCAUAAACAGAGCAUUGAACUAGGAUGGAGACUCUUAUAGGAUUAUUAUGUCUGACUUGUGAAGAGCAAUCUGGAGAAGGAAAUAUGACAGGAAUGCCCACUUUCAUGACAAUUUCUGCUUUGAGAUAAUGAGUGAAAGAAAUUAGAGGGAUUAUAUAGCUUGCUUGGAAGUCUUUGAUGUUCAGCUGUUCCUGCUGAACAAAAGCAGACAAAUUUAAAGUUCUUUGGUUUAAAUGAAAUGUUUGAGAUUAUUCUAUGGAUCUGUUUUCAUGUCCUUUGAGCUUGCAGUAAAAACCCUAAUGCAAAUAGACAGAAUUACCCUGGAAGUAGGGUAGGCAUGUGCGUUAAAAAUGUGGCACAAUUUCCCCCCACCCUGUGAUUGAAUUUGUGUAACAUUUCCAGAGUCUCAGUGUGAGCUCAGCAACUGGAAAAGGUUGGCUGAGGCAGGGUCUAAGUAGUCAGGUUUAUGAUCUGGCAGGAAAGGUGUGGUGUCUUUUUAGUUCUGUCACCUGACUUGGUUCUGGGCAUUCAGCAGAUUGCGUUGUUCAGUAAGUGUAUCCUGUUUGAUUUACCGGUAAGCUGGCAGCUUGAGGGAAGGGGGGAUCAGAGGAAGGGACUACCUUGGCUUAACUCUUCUGCUCCCUCCCCUUGAGGUUGACAACAGUGUUGGCUAGGACUGGUAAACAUAAUGGCUGCCUUUCUUUACCGUACUGAAAUAUGGAUAAAAUUAAGUAGAUUUCACAAUCAAUGCAACACUGGAGGCCCAAACAGCUGUAGUAGACAGUUCUAUAUUGAGUCAGCAGGGUUGUUGACAAUAUGAAAGAAAUAGGGUGUGCUGUUCCUAUGAGCUAUAAGGAGGAAUCUUAACUCACCAGCUGUUAAAACUAUAACUAGUUGAAAACCUCUUUUGCAGUUAAUGUCUUCAGAGAGAUUCCUUUUCCAGUUAUCAUUUAAGGAAAUUUGGUUUAUGGAAGUGUGGAACAAGUUGUUGUAACACUGCAUCUAUGGAAUAGUCUCCCUGUGGAGAUUUGCUGUACAGCAACACAUUAAUCAGGGUCAGAGUAGGUUUAAAUGGUAUUGUGACUAAUGUUUUUAAAAUGUUGUGAGGAAUGAAACAAGGUUGCAUUAUGGCUCCCACUCCUUUUAGCGUUUAUAUGAAUGAUUUGGUGCUAUAUUGAGCCAAUGCAAACGCCCCUCUCCAGUAAUUAGGAACAAUCUCAAUCUUGAUGUAUGCAGAUGAUUUAGUGCUCCUCUCUCAUUCCCGAUUGGGUCUCAAAAAACUCCUGAGUUCAGCAUACAAUAAAUUGGGAAACCUACCCAUAAAUUACUCUUAAGACCAAGAUUAUGCUUUUUGGCAAACACAGUCCUAGGCAGUGCUAUUUAGAGAAAGAGGUGCAGGAACUCACUAUGAACACCUCCCUUGUUCUUAUAAUGACAUUGAUGCCCACCUGAGAGGUGUGGGACUAAGUUCUGGUGAGGUCUGACUGACAAAAAAGCCCUGGUCCUAGGUAUAAAUUGUGCUUAGAUCAGAAAGCUAUAGAACAAACUUGCUCAUUUAGAUACCAUACCUGGGUCUACUCUUUAGUGAAACCAUCUUUUGGAAGUGCCAUAUGGAGGCAGUGAAAGCCAAAGCACAAAAAACCAUAGCAGCAUUGAUGAAGUCCUGUUAUAAUAAGGGAGAGAAACUGAUUGAACCUGCCAUAAAAAUAUUUGGUAACAAACCACUUAUUCAAAUCCUCUUUGUAGCAUUGAAAUAUGUGGCUCUGGUUCAAACUCCAUUAAAGUUUUGGAAAUUGUGCAGAAUGCUUCCCCCCCCCCAAAAGCUAUACUCUCUACCAACAGGAAUAUCAGCAGCUCAUCCUCAUAAAGAACCAAUUAAGGCAAGAGUGGAUAGUUAAAGUAUAUAUUUAAAAAUACUACUAUGCCUAUUGAGAGUUUUCCUGUACAGCUUGUCAAGAUGUUUUAGACCUUGAAUAAGUGUCAACUAAGGGAUUGACUCUGCUGGAUAGAAUCCAGAAAAGACUUUCAGCUAAUUAGAAAUACCAAAUUCUCUCCCCCCACCCCCUGGUAUCCACUCUUGAUUACUAUUUCAGCGAAGCAUAGAUUAGAUCUACUGCUAAAGAAUACAACAAAUGAAUGGCCAUGGUUUAUGAAACUUAAAGGUAAAGGUACCCCUGACCAUUAGGUCCAGUCGCGGACGACUCUGGGAUUGCGGUGCUUAUCUCGCUCCACCAACCAUAAUUUGGUGUUAUGAGAACGUGGUAUCAUUUUCAGGCAAAUGGAAAUAAUGGUUUUCCAGUUUGGAUGAAAUAGCAAGCCAGCUAAGUUUCAGUCCUGAUUUUCAGGAAUCAGUAAUGUACAAGGGGAGGAGAAUGUGCAAGUCAAAGACUCCUCAGGCAUUCUUACAUUCCUGAAUGUAAACCCAUGGUUGAAUAACCCAUUAAAGUUGUUCAGAUCUCAGUGAUGUUUGUCACAUGGGGCAAAAAUGAAGUAGAAACACAAAGUCUAUAUGGCAAGGCUGUGAAAUUUUCAACACAAUAUUCAGCAGUCAGAUUCAACCAUAAUCUACAGUCCUUUAACAUUUCAUGCCUCAGGAAUGGUGAGCCUGUGACCUUUCAGAAGUUGUUGGACUCUGAAAUAUACUCUGAGUCGAGAGUGAAUUUCAUGCUCUUUAUUCAGCUUGUAGUAGCAAAGGAGGAGAAGAGAAGAAUGGCUCUUUUCCCAAAACGUCUGCUUAUAUACAUUAUUUACACAAUGGGCCUUGCGAGAUUGGCUACUUCAGGGCUGCACCUGUAGGCCAAUCAGGUUGCAGAUUCACUUCUGCCAGCAGCCUGAUUGGCUGCUCCUGCAGGCGAAUCAGGUUGUGGAUUCACUUCUGCCAGCAGCCUGAUUGGCUGCUCCUGCAGGCCAAUCAGGUUGCUGAUUCACUUCUAACUGGAGCUGGAUUGGGUGGCUCCUGCGAACCAAUCAGACUGCUGCAUUUUGGAUCCUAUUGUUCUACCGGUAGGAUUCAGCUCAGUGCAUAACAGAGUCUAACCUUCAUCUUAUCCAGCUAGCAUUGCCUAUGAUCAGGGAUGAUAGGAACUGUAAUCCUACAGCCAAAGGGUCACAGGUUCACCAUUCCUAGAGCAUGGAAUGUUGAAGGACUUUAGAUUAUGGUUGAGUCUGAAUGCUGAAUAUUGUGAGUUGGUGGAGUCUUGCACAACUCUCUUUUAUUUUGCUGACUUUUGUAUAAAAGUGUUUAGAUUUAGACCAGUGUUAGCUACCACACUACCUGACACUAGGGAAAAUGAGAUUUCAAAAAAUAUUUUUGCUGUGUUUGCCUCCAAAUGGAGAACAGACUUAGCUGAAAGAUCCAGGUUAAGAGGAGUUAUUUCAUAAUAUGAUAGGAAGAAUUAAGAUAUGGUUAACUCUCUGCUAGAAGUGGGAUCAGUUUCCACUUAACACUCAAGUUUUUGAGGUGGUAUGAAUUUGUCUAUAGUGUUUGUUAUGUGGUGGUCAUUUCAGCAAGCUUCUCAGUCGAGUAAUACCAACCUUUUUUUUUUUGGACCUGUGGGUACACAUAAAUUGGAUAAAGUGUUGAGAGUGCCACACACCUCAUUCAAAUACACAUCACAUGUUCUGUUAACUACGAUCAGAGUCCUUUUUUUCAAGGUUAACUUUAGCAGGGUAAGGUGCUCCAGGGAAGGCUUCUGUAGGUGUAUGUGCACACCCAGGAACCACAUUGGUGAUCCUAGAUCCAUGUUCAGCAAGAUUCUUCUUUCUGUACAUGGGCUGUAAAAAUAAUAAAUUAUCCUGCUAAAAAGAAUAUCAGUAGCAUAUCUGCCUCAUAGAGCUCAUAACUUUUUCUUAAGUGCUUUGCUAGUGCAGAUCUGGCAAAAUUGUAGUCCCCCAACACUGUAAUAAUCCAGUUGCACACCACGAGUUGAGAAUAUUCAGAAUCCCUUGGUAUAAGAAAGCUUGGGGCUGUCUGCAUCCUGCUGCCAGGGUGGGUUUUUGGGGACAAUUUUAGAUAAUUGUGAGAGUAAGUUGCUGGAACUAGAGUUGCUUCAAAACGAAUGAGUCACGACAAAUGCUGGUUAGCGUUUCCAUAGAAACUGGGUAUAUUGCUAAGGGCAGAUGGUUGACUGCAACUUAAGCAUGGUUACAGCAUUAGCUAAUAGCUCAGAGGAGCAAAGUGUCUUGCUCUUUACCCCCACUGAGGUCAGGCAUCUCCUCCAGCCUCGAGAGACGAGCAAAUAAUAGCUGAGGCUGACUUUGCUGAUCUGCUGUGCCCUGAAUACUUCCUGAUCUGCCUUGAAGAUCAUCUGCCCAUAUAUGUCGUGUUUUGGCUGGUUACAGGAAUGCAAUUUGACUUGCUGCGCAAUAAGCUUACAGCCAUCUGGAAAAUAAGGACAAUGAAAUAAUUGUGUAAGCAUUGAUGGAGAAGUGAAGAGGUCUUGUGGAAAUCAGAGCUCCCUUCAACACUCAGAAUUUGGACAAACACUGGAGAGCAGUUAAAGCUUGGAAAACAUGGAGCAAUACCCAGAUCUACAGGAAGACCUGAGUUUGGAAGAUACCAAUGAAUCCCUAAAUCAGCUCAAAUUGGCCUCUCUAGAUGAUAAGAACUGGCCACCAGAUGAAGUGCCUGUUUUUCCUAAGACAGAUGACUUCAAGGGCUCCCCUGACCCUGUCACUCACUUACGAUGGGAUGACCCAUACUAUGACAUCGCUAGACACCAGAUUGUGGAAGUGGCAGGUGACGACAAGUAUGGGCGGAAAGUAAUUCUGUUCAGUGCCUGCCGGAUGCCUCCCAGCUAUCAGCUUGAUCAUGUGAAACUGCUGAGCUAUUUGAAGUAUACAUUGGACCAGUAUGUUGAGAGUGAUUACACCUUAGUCUAUCUGCACCAUGGCCUGACCAGUGAGAACAAACCAUCCCUGAGCUGGCUGCGGGAUGCCUACCGGGAAUUUGACCGCAAAUACAAGAAGAACAUCAAAGCAUUGUACAUUGUGCACCCAACGAUGUUCAUCAAGACACUGCUGAUUCUCUUCAAGCCCUUGAUCAGCUUUAAGUUUGGACGGAAGAUUUUCUAUGCAAACUACCUGAGUGACCUGGAGGAGCAUGUGAAACUGGAGCAGCUGGGGAUCCCAAGCCAGGUGCUAAAGUAUGAUGAAUAUCUGAGAUCCCUGCAGAAGCCCUCCCAAGUGCCUCAGAAAGUAACCCCACCACGCCCACCUCUGCCAAACCAACAGUUUGGAGUUUCUCUCCAGCACUUACGGGAGAAGAGCUUGGAUCAGAAUCCCAUUCCACUUGUCGUAAGGGAGACCAUUGCUUAUCUGCAGCAGCAUGCUCUUAACACAGAGGGGAUUUUCCGACGAUCAGCAAACACCCACACGGUGAGAGAAGUUCAGCAGAAAUAUAAUAUGGGGUUCCCUGUGGACUUUGUGCAAUAUGAGGACGUGCACCUGCCAGCUGUGAUUCUCAAGACCUUCUUACGGGAGCUGCCGGAGCCUCUCCUCACCUAUGGUCUCUACAAUGAUGUCGUCAGUUUCUACAGUGUAGAGGAAGAAAAGCGUGUGGAUAUUGUUCGCAAAACCCUCCAGAGUCUCCCAGAAGAAAAUUACCAAGUGCUGUGUUCACUGAUGUCCUUCCUUGUGCAGGUCUCUGCUAACAGCGACAUCAACAAGAUGACCAACACUAACCUGGCCGUUGUUUUUGGCCCAAACCUGCUGUGGGCCAAAGAUGCAGCCAUUACCCUCAAAGCCAUUAAUCCUAUCAAUAUGUUCAGCAAAUUCCUACUGGACAACCAGAGGGAGCUUUUCCAGAGCCUGGAGGCUUGAUUGAGAGCCUGUUUGUGCUGACACACCAUGUGUCCACUGUGACCACUUCCUUCCUUCCUUCCUUCCUUCCUUCCUUCCUUCCUUCCUUCCUUCCUUCCUUCCUUCCUUCCUUCCUUCCUUCCUUCCUUCCUUCCUUCCUUCCUUUUCUACUUCAUCUUGGAACUGUGGCCAAGCUUAGAAAAGCUUAAGGUGAUGAGUGGAGUGAAAGAGAAGAUGGUAUUGAGUGUGUGUGUGUGCACGUGCGCGUGAAAGAGAGGGAGAGGGAGAGGGAGAGGGAGAGAGAGAGAGAGAGAGAGAGAGAGAGAGAGAGAGAGAGAAGGGGUGCUCAAGUGAGCUGGGAAGCUGGCCUCCCCAUCUCUAGAAGUGGAGUGUCCAGAUUCCUCUUAAUUCCUUCAGUUCCUUUCCUUUCCCAAAUUGCUCCCAUCAAGUAGCUCUUCUUGUACCCCAGCAGAAUCCCUACCUCUUGGUGCCUGUGUGAUUUGGACUAAUACGUGUUGCUGCAGUGGCCCUUUGGCUGAGAGGAAUCUCUUUCUACUUCUCUUCUUUGGCUCACAUUGGUUCUCCACAUGCACCCAAGUCAGUUCUGAGCAUUCCCAUUUUGGAAGGCUGCGGCCACUACUGAGCACAACCAGCUUGCUACCCUUGAUGGAGAAGCUGACCCUUAGCCCUAUGGAAAACAUGGGGUAUAAAAGAAGAUUGCUCUGUCCUGGAAGUGCCCAUGUUUCUGAAUAGAGAGCUAUUUGUACAUUUCUUUCUUUUUUUCAAAUGAUAUUUAUUCAUUUGUACAUUUCAAGGAACUUUAGCGCUUGCAGUAGGUGCUGUUACAAUUUCCCUGCCAUGAUUUAAAGUUUAGUGCCCUCAGAUAUUGUGGAGCCUACUCUAUCUUUUUGUAAUGCCCUUCUGAAGAGUGUCUCUGCGAAACUGGCCUUGCCAUUAAGCUUUUCCAUUUUGGGGGGACGGGGACGGGGAUAGUGAUUUUGUGUGUGUUUUGCUCUCCCCCCUGCCAGACAGUAGGAGUCUUGCAGGGGGUGUCUGCUGUGGUGGUAUUAGCUCUCCAAAAUGCCAAAGGCCAGAUUAAAACACUGCCCAUUCCUGUAACUGAAGCACAGACAUCUGUGCCUCUGGUUGCUGCUGCCUUACCAUUGUGAUGAGAGCAUACUCAAGCAAAAGACGGAUCACUGGGGCCAAACUCAAGAACCUUAUGCAGAAACCUCCUUGCCCCAAUCUACUGGGCAAUCUUGUGCCAAAAUUAGGGGAAGGUGAGUUUUCUCAUUGAAGGCCUUUGUGUCCUUGUUGAGCUGAAAUAUAGUUGUUUUAAGAAUGCCAGAAUGGCUCUGAUGGACCCUUUGUUUCCUAGGCACAUGGAGAUAGGAAGCAUUGCUGCUCUUUUCUCUGACCUGAGAAAGGUUAUGCAGCCGUGCAGUAUGGAUAUUCCAUAGAUUCUUGCCUAUGUGAGUUGUUCCCCCUUUCAGAUCAGAAAGCUGAGUUAUUCUGAACUCUAAACUAGGCUCAGCUAUUGGCCAAAGCACAUAAGUUUUAAGCCAAAUGUGUUCUCUCAAAAAUAGCAGUUUUCUGCUGGGCCUGUAGAAGCUUUUGCUUUUUAAUACUAUUGUAAAAGUGCAUUUUCACAAUGUCUUACUGCCAACUGUCGUAAGGCUAUUUUGUCCACACCCAACCCAUUAGUUGGCCCUAUAAAAUAGCAAGCUUGGAGUUCACAGGAUUACAGAGAAGUUGGAGGUGCUUUUCUCCACCUUCCCAGAAUCUGGUGGCUUCCUGUCACAAGACAGUUAGAGGGAAGCUGGCAAGGUGUGUUUUGUAAAUGCACAAUAGGCUACUAUUUAAAACUGAAUAAAAGGAGGCCUGUGCUAUGGUUUUAAAGUGACAAAUGAUCAGUGAGUACUAAACUCUGCAUGUGAAUUAUCAGUGCCUGUAGCCCAGGCAGAUUGAGUGAAUUGGAUUCCACAUCUGUCACAGAUGGCUGGAAAUGGUGAACCGAAGUGCUUGACACUAUAUUAUGAGGGGCUGAUGAAUGUGUUGGUAAGAGUUCAUCAUCCUGUGUAAGGUAUCGUAUCAGUCAGCAUAUAGGAAGUGUUCAGUCUGAUAACUUAGUUAGAAUUUUGGAACAACACAGCAGUUGGGAACGUUGAUUUUUAUGUAUAGCUGAGGCAUGAGAGGCUUUCACCAAGAACACUAACAAGUGAACGGCUAUGGGAGGAGCAAGAUCCUCUUGCCUUCUAGUGUCUCUUGUAUAGAAUAGUUUAGCAUGGUUAACUUGCUCGCUCCUGUUCAAAGUUCCCAGGUUGGAAGGAGAAGCAGCUGGUUUCCAUGGAAAUCAUUGCCUCGGAAAUGGAAGGCCCAGGCACUUUAGGACACAAGGCUGCAGGUUCAGCCACUGCACUGUAACAUUAAUUCCUCAUCUUCUUUUAGGAUUAGGAGCAAGAUCAGGCCGGAGGAAGAAAGUGCUGUCAUAGCUGCCCAGUGACACUUUUAUGAAGUCCACAGAUUCCCAACUUAUGUGCGUGUGUGAUUUCCCCCACCCCCCAAACACAUUGCAAAUCUUUGUAUUACUAGCUACUGCACAGAGUUAAAAGUGCACUCCCAAAGUCCUGCAAGUAAGCCAGUGUAAAAUAGCUCUGUUGCUUUCCCUACUUUGCGGGAGCUUCCAGGACACCUGGAGUACAUACAUGGCAGCAAUGUCUGCUUUGCCUCAUUGCCCUCGCCCCUCACCAUUUUUUCCCCAUUUUCAAAUCUCUUACCAUUGUAGGUGAUUGGUGGAGCUGCAUGCUAGGCCUGACUGCACCCUACGAAUUAAGUUUGCAUCUUUGGCCAGUUAACUCUGAACUUCCUUCCCCUUCCCUUUUGUUGAUUGCUGCCAUGUGUGCUGUCUGAAUUAGGAUGGUAGGCAUCCAAGCAAGUGGUUGGAAUUACUAGAAGACCAGCAUCUCAAGGGGCCAAUUAUGUCAUUCCAUGCUCCUCUUGUAAUAGAGGCCAAGAGCUGGUUAGAUGGCCAUGGCUGCAUAUUGCAUUUUCUGUCCUUCUGCAAACUUCCAGUGCUACACCUGCUUGGCUGCCCCCUUGUCAUGUAGCUUCCAUGUUAGAUAUUGGCCACAAUGCUUCUGUGGGUGGAGCGCUCCAUCUCUAUUGUAUCCUUUGCUUGCCUAAUAAAGCCCAUCAGUGUCUUGGUACCCCCUGAAUACACUCUGUGCUCUCACCUCUAGCAGUCAGUCAUAUAUCUGUACUGAGAACAGCUUAUGGGUGGUGCUGCUUAUGCUGAAGCUAAUUGGAUGCCUUAUGGUAGGAGUGGGGAACCUGUGGUCUUCCAGAUGUUGGACUCCAGUGCCCAUUAGCCAUAGCCAGCCUGGCCAGUUUCCAGGGAUGAUGGGAAUUGUGAUCCAGCAACAUCUGGAAGGCCAAUGGUUUUCCACCUUUGCCUUAUGGCAAGUCUCUUUGCUGACUCAGAAGAGGUCUUUGAUGGCCAAGUGACCCCUAGUUGCGUGUUCUCCACUGGGGUCUGUAUGCAGUUUACAGCUUUGCUUUUUGUUGCUGUUAUCUUGCAUUUUUGUUCUCAUUGAUGUUUAUUGGGAGCAGGGCUGGGUUUAUUUUUAUUUUUACUGUGACAUUAAUUUUCACACCCAUGUUUAUUUCCUUCUAAUGGUACCAAUCUUGUAUUUCACAGUUUGCACUUUUUGUACUUCAAUAAAAACCCAAAGCCAAUACCAGUUUUGGUGUUUUUCUUCAA